CCCUCCCUCCGCCGCCGCCUCCGCUGCCCCGGCUCCUCCCGCGCCAGCCCGGCAUGGCUGCCGCGGGACCGCCGCCGCCGCCGCCUUCACCGCAGCGGGAGCAGCAGCAGCAGCAGCAGCAGCAGCAGCAGCAGCGCGUCGGCGGGACCACCUGCCUCCAAAGAGCUGCACCCGCAGACAGGAAGAGCUCCUGAGCCGUGGGAGUUAGCCCCUCGCUGUCAUCGUGCCUGCCUGCCCAACGGACCCCCGGAGGGCCCUCCUCCUCCCUCCAUGAGGGUCCUUCAAGCCCCCAAGUCUGCUUGAGGCCUGCCUUCCAGUGCUGCCCUCCCCAGACCAUGUGGCAGCCACUGUGCCCAUGCCUGCUGCUCCUCCCGGCCCCCUCGCCAGUGACCAAGGGGGCCCCCGGGUGGGGAGCGCGCCUGGCCUUGUGGAUCCUUGGUUUCGCCUCGGCCGUGGUCCAGAUGGAGAGCCAGGCCUACUCACCCACCGUCAACACGCACUACGGGAAGCUGCGUGGGGUGCGUGUGCCCCUGCCCAGUGAGAUCCUCGGGCCUGUGGACCAGUACCUGGGGGUGCCCUACGCAGCACCUCCCAUCGGGGACAAGCGGUUCAUGCCCCCCGAGCCGCCCUCCUCCUGGUCGGGGAUCCGGAACGCCACCCACUUCUCCCCGGUGUGUCCGCAGAACAUCCACACCGCUGUGCCCGAAAUCAUGCUCCCCAUCUGGUUCACCUCCAACCUGGACAUUGUGGCCACCUACAUCCAGGACCCCAAUGAGGACUGUCUGUACCUCAACAUUUACAUCCCCACCGAGGAUGUAAAACGGAUUUCCAAGGAAUGCGCCCGAAAACCCAACAAGAAAAUAUGUAGGAAAGGAGGCUCCAGCGCUAAGAAACAGGGCGAGGACUUAGCGGAUAAUGACGGGGAUGAAGAUGAAGACAUCAGAGACAGUGGGGCCAAGCCGGUGAUGGUCUACAUCCAUGGGGGCUCCUACAUGGAAGGCACGGGGAACAUGAUCGACGGCAGUGUGCUGGCCAGCUAUGGGAACGUCAUUGUCAUCACCCUCAACUACCGCGUGGGAGUCCUGGGGUUCCUGAGCACCGGGGACCAGGCAGCCAAAGGCAACUACGGGCUCCUGGACCAGAUCCAGGCUUUGCGCUGGAUCAGUGAAAACAUUGCCUUCUUUGGUGGCGACCCUUUGCGCAUCACCGUUUUCGGUUCGGGCAUUGGUGCUUCCUGCGUCAGCCUGCUCACACUGUCACACCACUCUGAAGGCCUUUUUCAGAGAGCCAUCAUCCAGAGUGGCUCGGCUCUGUCCAGCUGGGCGGUCAACUACCAGCCGGUGAAGUACACCAGCUUGCUGGCCGACAAAGUGGGCUGCAAUGUUCUCGACACCGUGGACAUGGUGGACUGCCUGCGGCAGAAGAGCGCCAAGGAGCUGGUGGAGCAGGACAUCCAGCCAGCACGCUACCAUGUGGCCUUUGGGCCUGUCAUCGAUGGGGAUGUCAUCCCAGAUGACCCAGAGAUCCUGAUGGAACAGGGGGAGUUUCUAAAUUAUGACAUCAUGCUUGGCGUCAACCAGGGUGAGGGCCUGAAGUUUGUGGAGGGGGUCGUGGACCCAGAGGAUGGUGUUUCGGGCAGCGAUUUUGAUUACUCUGUCUCCAAUUUUGUGGACAACCUGUAUGGCUACCCAGAGGGCAAAGACACUCUGCGUGAGACCAUCAAAUUCAUGUACACAGACUGGGCUGACCGGGACAACCCGGAAACGCGACGCAAGACCCUGGUGGCCCUCUUCACCGACCACCAGUGGGUUGAGCCGUCGGUAGUAACUGCCGACCUUCACGCACGCUAUGGCUCCCCCACAUACUUCUACGCCUUUUAUCACCACUGCCAGAGCCUCAUGAAGCCCCCCUGGUCCGAUGCAGCCCACGGGGACGAGGUGCCCUAUGUCUUCGGGAUCCCCAUGAUUGGCCCCACCGACCUCUUUCCCUGCAACUUCUCCAAGAACGACGUCAUGCUGAGUGCAGUGGUCAUGACCUACUGGACUAACUUUGCCAAGACUGGGGACCCUAACAAGCCAGUACCCCAGGAUACCAAGUUCAUCCACACCAAGGCCAACCGGUUUGAGGAGGUAGCGUGGUCCAAGUACAACCCACGCGACCAGCUCUACCUGCACAUUGGCCUCAAGCCACGGGUGCGCGACCAUUACCGUGCCACCAAGGUUGCCUUUUGGAAGCAUCUGGUCCCGCAUUUGUACAACCUGCAUGACAUGUUCCAUUACACAUCCACCACCACCAAGGUGCCGCCCCCUGACACCACCCAGAAUUCACACAUGGCACGCCGUCCCAACGGGAAGGCCUGGAGCACCAAGCGGCCUGCCAUCUCCACCGCCUACACCAGCGAGGGUUCACAGGAGAAGUGGAACCCCGAGCAGGAUGGGGCGGGCACGCUGCUGGUGGAGAACCCCCGGGAUUACUCCACUGAGCUGAGUGUCACAAUCGCUGUGGGGGCCUCCCUCCUCUUCCUCAAUGUUCUGGCCUUCGCUGCCCUGUACUACCGGAAGGACAAGCGGCGACAGGACACUCACCGCCAGCCAAGCCCGCAGCACUCCCCUGCCACCAAUGAUAUUGGCCACACACCGGAAGAGGAGAUUCCCUCGCUGCAGACCAACCAGUCCCACCAUGGAGACUGUGAGGCAGUGCCCUCCCACGAUGCCCUCCGCCUUACCGCCCUGCCCGACUACACACUUACAUUGCGCCGCUCGCCGGACGACAUUCCGCUCAUGACGCCCAACACCAUCACUAUGAUCCCCAACUCUCUGGUGGGGCUCCAGACCUUGCAUCCCUACAACACCUUUGCUGCCAGCUUCAGCAGUACUGGGCUCCCCCACUCACACUCCACCACCCGGGUAUAGCCGCCAUGCACAGACGCCACCUCACAGAACCUCGCGCUGUGGGGUCGGCCAUGGUAGAUUCUCUCGGCUCGUGGUAUCAAGCGCUUUGCUCUCCUUGUGUCCAGAGCAGCUCGAGGCUUAACAGGGUCCAGCAGAGGAGGCAGCCCCCCGGGCCGCUCUGAGCUGAGUCACCCCUUCUGUGCUCCCAGGCCCGGCCAGUGCGGCAAAGGAAGGCAGGGCGGCCCCCUAAGCCUACUGUCGAAGGAGACUUCCAGGUGCCUCCUGGGACAACAUGGCUCCACCUGGGACCUCCUUGUGGGCACUCUCAGAACCGAGCUUUGCCCCUCUCUGCCAGUCAAGGAGCCAUGGAGAACGGCUCCUGCAGGCUUAGCUGCCACCUUGCGGCUUGGGAUUGCUGACACCUCGUGGGGCUCCCUGGAUGGGUGCCAUUUAGGACUGGGUUUUCUAAGCCCCAAUACUGGAUCCUGGAUCACCUGGGCUUGGUGCUGGCCUGGCAGGUGCCGUCCGGUGCCCAUGCUCCAUGUCACUCUCUUCAUCUUGCAGAAAAACUGUGUUUCUUUCCAAAAGACGUUUUUUAAGCAGAUCUUUAGUUCUUUAAACACUAACGGAGACACCGUGUUUUGUCCUUUGUAAAGAUUUUAAACUUAAGUGUUCUUGGUAAAGCCAGUUAGACACAUCACCCGGACGUGCACAUCCACACACACCCUCCAGCUGCAUCUGUGCCAAUCUAAGAAACCAGCAGACUUCCCUCGGGUGGGCAGUGGUGUAGAGGAGACCACAAGGCCCUUUUGUAUUUUUGAUAUGCCCUUCCAUGCCAUUCCUGGCCGUACAUGUCCACCAGCCAAUCCAUGCUCCCCGGACCUCUGAGGAUGAGCAGCCGCUCCUGCCCUCUGCCCCGGCCAUCUGCAGUGCCAAGGCUCAGCCAAGUCUGCCCACCUGGUGCCUCAUCCUUCAGCUUCUUGCCAGCCAACAGUCUACCCUGGUCUCAAUUCAUGGCUGCCCCUCUGCUGGGCAGGGAGAGUAGGCUAGUUGGUGAGAAAGGGAAAGACCGUGUUGAGGCAUUGGAGGAGGGUGCCAUGUGUAAAUGCGGUGGGUAGGAACCCAGUGGGAGCAGAAAGGUGCCUUGCUCCUGGGUGGCUGGCUGCCAGAGCCCAGGACAGAGGGGAGGCAGCCACACUGAUGCUGGAGGGGGAGCAGGCUGUUGGCUGACAGGGACCCUGCAGCAGGCAGCUCAAGGGCCUGCAACAGGGGAGGGGCCAGGCCUGGGACUGGAGUUGGGGGGGAAAGGAGGUCAGGGACAGGGUCUGGUGGUGACGAUGACCCAGCCCUACCUUGACAGGAGUCCGGCCUGCAGAGGUCUUGGCGGGCAGGAGGGCCCAGCAGGUUAUCAGCUGGCAAGGUGAGGGUUCUGAGGUGGCAGGAGGGGGACACGAGCUGAGAGGGGAGGGGCUGCCACAACACAGGCAGGUGGCCAGUGCAAUUUGAUCCAGCCUGCCUGGAAGUUUAACACUGCUGCACGUGUCUCCUGCCUCUUCCGCCCCCUGCCGGCCUUCUCCUCCUCUAUGGGGUGUAUUGGAGCUGCCCUGUUGGCCUCGGAGCAGAGGAAAGAGAAACUCCCAAUAAACUGGAAGGGGUAUUUUUA